AUGAGUUUAACCACGAGCCUUAUGGCGCCUGAGGACAUCGGGUCUGCUCCCUCAAUCGGUGUACUAUUACGGUUUAUUAUCCUGAAGUACUACGCGCAUUACUACAGCGUUUGCUCCAUCGGAAACGACUUCCUCAGCGAUGUGCAGGUCGGACGAAUACUGCUGUCUACAGACGCUCUACAUUCGGGAGUCGCUUUUCAGCUUGCCAUCGAUGCUGGAUGCCAAGCAUUCGUAGUGGACGAGCCGGGUAUAGGGAAAUUUCUGGACCGGUACAUUCCAGUGCACGACACUGCCAGUCAGCGAUCAAUGGACAAAAGUGUGAUUCUGUUACUAACCGAUGAGAAUCGCCGGGACAUGCUGGAAAUGAUUGCUCAACAUGAAACGUUCCGUGAAAUCCUCAACGUGCUCAUCGUCGUCUACGAAUCUGGGAACGAGCGACCUAUCAGUCUCUACAGCACCGAAACUACGUUCGUCGGUGUGCUGGAAGCUUACAGCAUGUCCCUGCGCCCUAUCGAGGUUGAUUGGAAUGAUUGGGAAAGUGUGGACUUUUUCCCCGACAAAUCGAGCGAUCUGCAGGGAUAUGUGAUACGUAUGGCCAUGUGUAACUAUCUACCUUUUACGGGCUACGAGCGGGUGGAACCGUGGAGUGGUAAUGCGUACGAUCCCAACACAGGAACUAGGUCGAUUUGGCUAGAUGGCACCGAGCUGCAGUUAAUCGUGUCCUUCUGCCAAAAACGGAACUGUAGCCUCCUGGUCUACACUGAGGAUGAAGACGAAUGGGGAACCGUAUACCCGAAUGGGACCGGAAACGGUUUGUUGGGCAGUGUUGCCGAGCGCCGUUCGGACCUCGCGGUGGCAGCUAUCUAUCACUGGCUGCAGCCUUAUAACUUCAGCGAAUACACGGCGAGCAUCAGCCGCUCGGGAGUUACGGUAUUGGUGCCGAAACCUCACGUACUUCCCUUUUGGCGUACCCCUUUCCUUUCGUUCUCUGGACCGCUCUGGGCGGCCGUUCUGGGCACGUUCGUGAUGGGUAUUGGUGCAACCUUUUACGUAGGUCAUCUUCGGCACCGUUUGCUGGUAGCCAUUGACGGCGAUAGGGCAGCGUCGGAGAAGCUAACGCUAAGUGAAGCUGUAUUGAUGAUGGUCGGCUUUUUUGUGGCCCAAUCCGGACCCAUCCGUACUGACCUGUUGUCUUGCGUGGUGCUCUUUGCCUCGCUUCUGCUGGCAGGAUUCAUGGUUAGCAACUGCUACAGCGCAGGACUGGCGGGCAUCAUGACAGUGCCACAGUACGAUAGGUCCAUCGAUACUGUGGCCGAAUUUGCGGCCAGUGGGAUGAUAUGGUACGGACCAACGCCUUAUUGCUUGGAGGAGAUAUUCAACGCCACGGAGCCCUACUUGAAGAAAAUUGUCUCCAGCUACAGAGUGGCAUCACCGCCGGAAACAAAACUCCAUGCGCAAGCGGCUAAAACCGGGUUCAUCAUCGAACAGACACAGAACGGAAACUUUGCUCCGAAUGACUUUCUCGAUCGCCGGACCUCGACGUUCUACCAGAAACUGUUGGACGAUGUAUACUUUCAAAAUUGUGCCGCCCUCAGUACGAAAACCAAUCCACUACGGGCCUCACUGAACGACUAUAUAUUGCGCGUGCAGCAGUCCGGCAUCCUGUAUCACUGGGGAACCAUGACGGCCAUCCGCUACCUUCCGACGGAAGUGUUCCGCAAUAUCGCGAACGCACGUCAGCAUCUUCACGACGGGGACGCUGCUCCUCUCGAGAUCGGCCAUUUCCUCGGCGCAUUUUUCAUUUUGGGCUAUGGACUGCUCUUCGCCGGAUUAGUUUUCUUUUUUGAACUGUGUGGCACUAAAAUGGCCAAGCGCUUGAAAGAGCGUUUGAGAUAA